AUGGAGCCGGUUUGGUUGAUUCAAGGUAGGUUGUUGACAGCUCAGAGUUGUCAGAAGAGCUAUGCUGAUAAACGGGUUCGACCUUUGGUAUUCAUGGUCGGUGAUCAGGUAUGGUUAAGGGUCUCGCCCUUGAAGGGUGUCAUGAGGUUCGGAAAGAAAGAUGAAUCUCAUGUGAUUUCCCAUGAUUCGGUUGAGUUGAGCGCAUAUUUGACAUAUGAAGAGGAGCCUGUGGCUAUUUUGGACAGACAAGUCAGGAAAUUGAGGACUAAGGAGAUAACUUCGGUGAAUGUCCAGUGGCAGCAUCGGCCCGUGGGGGAGGCUACUUGGGAGUUGGAGUCAGACACGCGAGCCCGUUACCCCUAUCUUUUUUAG